UCGGAAAAGGAUCUUCUUUCUCCACGCCUCACACCCAACCCCACAAAAUACCAUGGAGAACUAGAAAACCAACAUGAAAAACCUGUUGAAAUCACGAACCAACUUGUUUGCAGAUCAUUUCUGCUCAGUGUUGCAAAAAUGCAUGAAAGAGAAAGUAUUGAAACCUUGUAAACAAAUUCAUGGAUUGAUGCUAACCGCACCUAUUGACAAGAAUUAUUUAUCAAUAAGUUCGAGGCUCAUAGGUGCAUAUGCAAGUUGUGGGGACUUAACUUCAGCUAAGUUUCUCUUCCGUGGAACGGAAAAUCCGAAUGUUUUUGCGUUUAAUUGGAUGAUUUCAGCAUUAACGUUUACUGGAUUUCAUCAAGAAGCCAUGUAUUACUUUUCUUUACUUCAAGAAUCAAGAAAAAAUGGUGUGCUUCCGAAUAAUUAUACUUUUUGUGUAGUGUUGAAAGCUUGUGUCGGUUUGAUGGAUAUGAACAAAGGGAAGGAAGUUCAUGGUAUGGUUUACAAAAUGGGUAUUGAAAUGGAUAUAUCUGUGUGUAAUGCUUUGAUUGAUAUGCAUGGAAAGUGUGGGAACAUAUUCUAUGCGCGUAAAGUGUUUGACAGAAUGCUUAUGAAAGAUGUUGCUUCAUGGACAUCAAUGAUUUGUGGGUGUGCUAAUGUAGGCGAUAUGAAAGAGUCAGUUUUUCUGUUUGAAAGAAUGAAGUUGGAAGGGUUCGAGCCUAAUGAUUUCACGUGGAACGCAAUGAUAACAGGAUAUGCUAGGAGUGGGAAUUGUAAUGGUGCGGUUGAGUUUUUUUCUAUGAUGAGUGAAGGAGGGUUAGUUCCAGAUUUGGUUACUUGGAAUGCGAUUAUUUCAGGUUUUGUUCAAGGCGGAAGGGCUCAGGAAGCUAUGGAGUUGUUCCAUGAUAUGUUAAUAGCUGGGAUUAAGCCUAAUCAGGUGACAGUAACGGGACUUCUCCCUGCGUGCGGGAUGAUUUGUUCAGUAGGUAGAGGGAAAGAAAUCCAUGGUUUGAUAUACAGAAUGGGGCUUUAUAUCAAUGUUUAUGUUGCCAGUGCUCUCAUUGAUAUGUACUCAAAAUGUGGAAGUGUGAAGGAAGCUUGGAAUGUUUUUUACACCAAUCCUUCGAGAAAUGUGGUAUCAUGGAAUGCUAUGAUUGGAUGUUAUGGUAAGCACGGGAUGGUUACUUCUGCACUUGAACUCUUUGAUAAGAUGCAGGACGAAGAAGUACAAGCAAAUGAAGUUACCAUGGUUUCUGUUCUUUCAGCUUGUGUCCAUGGUGGUCUAGACAAGAAAGGAUAGAGGAGGCUUAUGAUGUUGUUAAACAAAUGCCACUGGAAGUAACAGAGUCAGUGGUUGGGGCUUUCUUCAACGGUUGCAAGAUCC